CUCUAAUCUCUUGAUGUUCUAACAUGUUCUUCUCUGAUAAAUCUCUAAAAUUCAGAGCAUCAUUAGGGUUUCAAAUUGAAAACAAGGAUAUAUAUAAGUGAUCAUCAAUCAAUGGAGAGCACCGAUUCAUCCACAGGACCACCGCAGCCUCAGCUCCCACCGGGCUUUCGCUUCCACCCCACCGACGAAGAACUGGUUGUUCACUACCUCGAGAAGAAGGCCUCCUCCGUUCCUCUUCCUGUUACAAUCAUCGCUGAUGUUGAUCUCUACAAGUUUGAUCCAUGGGAGCUUCCAGCUAAGGCUAAUUUUGGGGAACAAGAAUGGUACUUUUUCAGCCCAAGAGACCGGAAGUACCCUAACGGAGCAAGGCCAAACAGGGCGGCGACUUCUGGGUAUUGGAAGGCUACUGGAACUGAUAAGCCGGUAAUGACUUCCGGCGGGACUCAGAAGGUGGGUGUUAAGAAGGCGCUGGUCUUCUAUGGAGGGAAGCCACCAAAAGGGAUCAAAACCAAUUGGAUCAUGCAUGAAUAUAGGCUCUCCAACAGCAAAACCAGUACCAAGCCACCAGGGUGCGAUGUGGGCAACCGAAAAGGCUCCUUGAGGCUUGAUGAUUGGGUGUUAUGUCGAAUCUACAAGAAGAUCAAUACCCAGAGACCGAUGGAAAACGACAGGGAUGACUCCACGAACGACAUGCUUGGAUCAAUACCAAUUGGCCAUCAAAAUCCAAAACUGCUCCAAUUAAAGGCCUCAAACUAUGGUGCAUUGAUCGAAAAUGAACAGAACUUAAUGGAAGGUAUGAUGAACAGUGAUGGGUCUUUGUCUCAGUUGGCGUCAUCUAGUUCAAAACUGCAGAUUCCGAUGGUCACCGGAGCUUCUUCCGGCCUACCAGUGAAGCGUGCGCUCCCGAAUCUAUACUGGAACGAUGAAAGCAUGACCGGCUCUCAAGCUACCAAAAGAUUUCUUGCAGAUAAUAACGAUGAAAGGGUUGCAAGAACAGAUGACAACAGUUCUAUUGCCAGUUUGCUCAGCCAGCUUCCUCAAACCCCUUCAUUACAUCAACAAGCAGCCAUGUUGGGGUCUCUUGGUGAUGGGGUUUUUGGACAACCCUAUCAACUCCCUGGCAUGAAUUGGUACUCCUAG